AUGCCUCGAGCAAAAGGCCAUUUUAAAGCUCAUACAGAUAGGGCCCACAGGAACUAUGGCGACCAACUAUCAUAUGGGUCUUCCAAAAGCCCCUCCAGCGUAUUUACUGGCAUUAUAGUGGCCGAGAACGGGCUUCGACAAAUUUCUCAGCGGCAAGAAACCUUGGAAGCAAGAAUCCAGGAACUAGCCAAUGCGGCAAAUACCGAAGAUCAGAAGAAACAGCUCAGUGAAUGGGACAAGGAGCUAAAGAUCUUGCUGAGGAGAUUUUAUAUCCAGGAGCGGACCCUCUACCUAAAGGAAGCCCUCAUUCCCGAGGACUUGCGCCAGAUCUAUGAGUCAAUGAGAAAGGAUCCAAGAUGGUAUCUCCGACAGGAACUAGUUGAAGACUGUGCUGCGAGAGUUCAUCGAGGAUUUGAUUUCACGCCGAAUGAAAAGCAGAAUAUGGCCGUGCGGCUUGAGGAGGCGCUCAAAAGCAGAAAUCCCGCCUUUCUUCUCAGGAUGGCGGAUGCUUAUUUCUCGAAGCCCAAGCGUGCUCCCAAAUCCGCUUCCACCCGGAACGACGAAAUGCCUCCUACUUACAGCCCUAAAGAUCUGGAUCCUCCCGCCACCAAGUCAGUCCCAGAACCGAAGACGCAGACGUUGCUGCUGUUUGUCAGUAACGAAUACUUUGCUCUAUCAAGAAAUGGCAUCAGAAAAUAA